ACAACAGCAACAACAAUGAAGUCGCAAGCAACAACAACCACUGUGAAACCAUUACACUUACUUUCUAUUUGCAAGUUGGAACAUUUUUAGGGAACAGAUUGUCUAAAGUGGUAAUGGCUUCAGGGACAAAGAGAUUGAUUGUGUUUGGUGGAGGUAUAGCCUCUUCGUUGCUUGUUUUCAAUGCAGUAGACAGAACCUUUUACAAAAAGCGGCAAAUUCAAAACUCUUUGCUGGCCGAUGCUUCGUUGGCGGGAAAGCCUGAAGAUCUACAUCUCAAACAGGUGAUAAUUCUCACAAGACAUGGAGCAAGGACACCAUUUAAAUUUAUUCCAAAUUAUCAACCUGCCACAUGGCCUGUUGAGGAUAAUGAGGAUUUGGAACACACGUUGAUCAAUCAUACAGUAAGAAGUUUAGAUUUCGGAAGCAAGCCAGAAUCAGCGAUUGAUAAUGCGUACCGUGAUAAAGAACGACUCAAGGGUGGUUCAUUAGUUGGUCAAUUAACUAAAAUUGGUCAAGAACAAAUGUAUCAACUUGGUAAGGCCUACAGAAAGAGAUACGUCGAGGAGCUUGGACUUUUGUCACCAGACUACAACCAUGAACAAGUAUACGUGAGAUCAACCAACAUCAAGCGAACCAUCAUGUCAGCUCGAUGCGUUUUAGCAGGACUUUAUGGCGAUACACACCUUAAAGGCCCAAUCCCAAUCUUUACGUCAGUUAACGAACACGAGGCUCUGUAUCCAAAUUACUAUUUCUGCAAGAACCUCAAGCACUGGGCAAAAAUCGCUUGGACAACCUGGGAAGACAUCCCCGGCCUAGUAGAAUUCCUUGAUGCAGUUGCCAAGGAACUAGGUUUUGAUAGAAAGAAAGAGGAGUUUGGUAUUAUAUCUCUCGAGGACAAUGUGUGUGCCAGAGCUGCAAAGAACGAGCCAAUUCCUGAGUUUUUAAUAAAUCGAAGAGAUGAGAUAGAGUCAUUUGCAGUAGCCUAUCAAAUGCGGGUUCUUAUUGGAACAGGCAAAAGUCACUCAAUCGCACGUAUGGCAAUUGGUGGUUUCAUAGAGGCUGUGUGCACGCAACUUGAAGACAAAGCUGAAAACCAAAGUGAUCUGAAGCUUAUACUGUAUUCUGCUCAUGACACAACAUUGAUGGCUGUUCUGUACGUCCUUGGUGUGUAUGACUUCAAAUGGCCUAAAUACGCUGCUGACGUCAAAGUCGAACUCUACCAGGACGAGAAACAAAACUGGUUUGUGAAACUUUUGUACAACGACCAGGAAUUGCUAAUGCCUGGUUGUGAAACUACAGUUUGCGCACUUUCAAGCUUCCUUGAAACGUGUGAACCAUAUCGCGUAAAAGACUGGGACGCUGAAUGUGGCAUCAAAGGGGACUACAGAAAAGAAAGCUUUGCUAUUGGCACUAUAUAGGCAAGAUUCAAUCUUCUAGUAUUCAUAGCUUUAAUUCCAAUGACUACCAUAUCGGGAAUUCAAUAAUUUUAUAAUGAAAACCAUUUUUAUGAGAAAAUUCAGUAAUAAUUUAACCAGAUGGGUUUGAAUAACGAGGCUCAAUCAAGGACCGAUACGAGGCUGACAAAAAUCUGAUGAUUCAAAAUCUAGAGGCACAAAGACUAGCAAAUAAACAAAGGUGGCGCCCAACUUGUCAAUAGUUUUCAUCAAGCUGAAAUGAGACAUCAAGCUGGAAAUUUUAUUUUCAAUGAUAUUUGUUUAUAAUUAAUAUGUACGGAUUGAUACGGCUUGAUCAAACGUUUCGUUCAUACGGCUUGGUACACAGAAUUUCAUGUUAACGCAGAAAUGCCCAUUUUUAUUGUCAAACAUUAUAAUGUGGUGAAUGUAUAAAAUUUGCUUUAUAUAAAUUAUUGCUUGACUACUAUGAAAAAUAAAUUGCUCGUA